AUGAAUGAAUGUAACAAUGCUGAAGCUUCAGAUUCUAAAUCAGCGAUGAAAGAUAUUAAUGAUACCAAUGAGAUAAAUACUACAAAAGCAGUAACAAAAAAACUUCCAAGAGAUUAUUCAUGGCUUCCAAGAGUUCCUACAACUGAUCAUGUAUUGAGAGAGCAGUUUAACUCGGAUAUGCUAUAUUCAGGAUAUAGACCUAUAGUUAUAGGGGAUAAAAAUGCCAAAGAAGAUAAAUUAAUGCAAUUUGCUAUGAAACUUGAGAAACUCAGCGAGCCAGUACCCUGGGUUUCUAGUGCUACUGGACAAGAAUUCUUCAGUGAGUGGGAUAAUGUUCCAUCCGAUGUCAUAAAAGAUUUGAAACCAUUUCAUCCCCCAAGUGUUGAAGAGACAAAUCACCUUAAGGAUAAGGAAGCGAAGGAAAAAUUACAAAGGCAAAUUCUUUUGAAUGAACAGGAUAAACUGAUAAACCGCAAGAGAGGUAGAAAAAAGCCUAUAAUUAGACUUCUAGAUUUAAAGCGCAAGUUUGAUAAAAAUGACUGA